AUGCCACCCAAGUUCGAUCCCACAGCUCCAGAGGUACAAGCUCUCCUAUCGCUCUUCACCAACCUCGGUCUCAACCAAAACUCCGCCACCGAGCUGGUCCGUCAGCCUAAAGCUGGUCAAGCUCUGAAAGGUCUCAUCGAGGAGUUUCAUCUCCAGGGCCAGACGUUCGAUGAGAGGCAAGCGGCAGCACUGGUCAAGCUCAGUGCGGUAGGAGGUAAGCUGGGCCCGGCAGAGAAAGGGUACGUCCUUCAGAGAAUAACAGGUGGUGAACUUCGAUCACCAGAUCAAGUUACUGCUGCGGUCAAGUUUUUAGAAGGCAACCCGGAAGGUACACCAGUCAAUGAAGAAGAAUUUGACAAAGCGUGUGGCGUGGGGGUCGACAUAAAUGUUGAACAUCUACCUACUUUGUUGAAAGAUUACAUUUCAACUCUCUCCACACCACCGAAAGAUUGGACGGGUAUAGGACCACUCCUUGGAGGAAUCAAAAACUCGACUUCAGAUCUGAGAUGGGCAAACGUAGCAGACGUCAAAUCAUCUCUCGAGAUCGUAUUCACAGAGCUGUUUGGAUCCAGAGAGGAGGCCAACAAAGCCCGAGCUGAGGCACAAGCUGCAGCUUCAAGGCCGAAGAAAGAGGUCAAAACCGCGAUUCCCAUACCUUCCGCAGAGGCCUCCAGCUCUACUAUCCCAGCUAUCCCCACCAACAUCUUCAGAGAAGGAUUCCUGAGUGAAUUUCACAAAGUCGGAGGGAAUCCUCAAAUCGAUCCAAGGCUGAAAGAGGAGCAUCUGGAAUGGACGAAAGGUAUGGUGUACACUCGCUUCCCACCUGAACCAAAUGGAUUUCUGCAUAUAGGUCACGUAAAAGCUAUCAUGGUGGAUUUCGGAUAUGCAAAGUAUCACGGUGGUCGAUGUUAUCUUCGAUAUGACGACACAAAUCCUGAAGCGGAAGAAGGUAGAUUUUUCCAGUCCAUCCUAGAGUCGGUCAGAUGGCUGGGUUUUGAACCUUGGAAGAUCACAUAUUCUUCGGAUAAUUUUGAUCGGUUGUAUGAACUCGCGAUUGAGCUCAUAAGGAGAGGGAAGGCAUAUGUUUGUACUUGCGAUGCCGAGAAGAUCAAAGAGGAUAGAGGAGGGGGACACGGUAAUCCCGUGGCAUGUGAACAUCGCGAACGUCCCAUUGCCGAAUCCUUGGUAGAAUUCGAACGGAUGAAGAAUGGCGAGUAUCCAGAGAAGGGGGCUUGUCUGCGGAUGAAAAUGGAUUUGAGCAGUGGUAACCCGUAUAUGUGGGAUUCGGUCGCUUACAGGGUGAAGUAUGCUCCGCAUCACAGGACCGGGGAUAAGUGGAAAAUUUAUCCCACGUACGAUUUCACUCAUUGUCUCUGCGAUUCGUUCGAGAAUAUCACCCACUCCCUAUGCACAGUCGAGUUCAUUCCCGCCCGUGAAUCCUACGAAUGGCUCUGCGAUGCUCUAACAGUUUACAAACCCAGGCAAUACGAAUUCGCUCGUCUCAAUCUUCAAGGUACUUUCUUAUCCAAACGCAAAAUCGCCCGCCUCGUCACAUGCGGUCUCGUACAAGGAUGGGAUGAUCCUCGUCUUUACACACUCAUAGCUCUUCGUCGUCGUGGAAUACCUCCAGGAGCUUUAUUAUCCUUUGUAUCCGAACUAGGAGUCACCAACAUUCCCUCUACUACCGAGAUCAAAAAGUUUGAAUAUGUCAUUCGAUCAUACCUUGAAGAUUCAGCUCCAAGAUUAAUGAUGAUCCUCAACCCUAUAAAAUUAAUCAUUGAAAAUGUUCCAUCCGAUUACGACGUUCCCGUUCAAGUUCCUCUUCAUCCUAAAAUCCCAUCGAUGGGUAGUGUUGAAACUAGGUUCACAAAAGAAGUUUAUAUCGAAGCUGAAGAUUUCCGUGUUGAAGAUUCACCUGAUUAUUUCAGACUAGCUCCUGGAAAAGCCGUAGGAUUAUUCAAAGCUCCUUAUCCUGUGAUAUGUACUUCGUACUCGACAAAUGAUAUCGGUCAAGUGACGGAGAUAAGAUGUAAUCUUCAAUCAGAAGGAAAAAUCCAAAAACCAAAAGCUUUCAUUCAAUGGGUCAACGCAAAAGAUGCUGUGAAGAUUGACGAAGUUCGUUAUUUCCUUCCUUUAUUCAAAUCUGAUCCUCCUCCAGCGGAUUUCGAAGGUGAUGUUAAUCCGGAUUCAAUCAAGAUUUACAAAGAAGCAAUUAUAGAACCUGCUUUCUAUCAAUUGGCAAAGAAAGCAAUGUCGGAUGCGAAGAAAGAAAGUGAAGAAAGGACUUUGAAAGCUUUGAAAGAUUCGGCUGUAUCUGAGAUUCAAGCAGGAGAUGGGGAGGAAGGUCCGAAGUUCACAGCGGAGAGUUUGGUAGGUAUGGAGAAUGUGAGAUUUCAAGGUAUGCGGAUUGCGUAUUUCGCUUUGGAUAAAGAUAGCAAGGUUGGAUGUUUGGAAGGGGAUGAAAAGGAAGGGAAGGAAGGAGAUAAAAUUAUCUUGAAUAGGAUAGUGAGUUUGAAAGAGGAUGCUGGGAAAAGUUCCUAG